AUAAAGUUUCCCUUUUUAUCCUUAUGUUGGUCAACAACAAUUAUCUCGCUCUACACAAAUUCUCCUUAUCCACUCAAAUAUCCAAUCACGCACCAAUCAUUAUUCCUGGCAUUUUCAUUACGUUAAUGCAUACGAUGAAUUAACAGUUAGCUCGAGGUGUUAAACAAUAAUCGAACACAUAUUCAACCGCAAAACCAGUACGUGCACAUUUCUCUCGGAAAAAAGCCUCUACCGGUUGUGAUAAAAAUACGUGCUGUAGUAAACUCGAGUGUCGUUCAAAUUUGUGAUAAUUACUAUCAAUUCUUUACAUAUCACCGUCUGACCUGAAUGCAAAAUUCAAUCGAUCGCAUAAAAAAACAGUAUGCACAAAUACAACAAACUUUUGAUUUUAUUCCCCCUGUUUGCCACAAUUCGCGCAAGUGAGCGUCCGAACGUGAUUUUUAUCCUUGCGGACGAUUUGGGAUGGAACGACGUCGGUUUUCACGGUUCGGGUCAAAUCCCGACGCCCAACAUCGACGCAUUGGCUUACUCGGGCCUCAUCCUCCAAAACUAUUACGUCACUCCGAUUUGCACCCCCUCCCGGAGCGCCCUAAUGACCGGAAAAUACCCCAUCCACACCGGAAUGCAGCACACUGUGCUCUUCGGUGCAGAACCCCGGGGGUUGCCCCUCACGGAGAAAAUCCUCCCGGAAUAUUUAAGAGAGUUAGGGUACACUAACCGGCUCGUGGGGAAAUGGCAUUUAGGGUCAUACACGAAGGAAUAUACGCCGCUUUACCGCGGUUUUGACUCACAUUUGGGCUAUUGGACCGGUCAUCAGGAUUAUUACGACCACACUGCUGUCGAAAACCCGGGUUGGGGGUUCGAUAUGAGGAGGAAUAUGGACUUGGCGUACGACCUACACGGACAAUAUUCCACCGAUGUUUUUACGCAAGAAGCGGUCAAAAUUAUAGAAAAUCACAAUACGACUAAUCCGCUUUUUCUCUACUUGGCUCACGUUGCUGUGCAUUCUGCCAACCCUUACAACCCCUUACCGGCGCCUGACGAAACGGUGGAGAAGUUCUCAAACAUCCCCAGUUACAAGAGACAGAGAUUUGCGGCAAUGUUAUCAAAGCUGGACGAUUCCGUCGGUGCUGUGGUCGAAAGCCUUUCAAAGAGAAAGAUGUUGGAAAACUCCAUUAUCAUUUUCUCGACUGAUAACGGGGGCGCAGCCGCUGGUUUUAACUUAAAUGCGGCAUCGAAUUUCCCUCUAAGAGGGGUCAAAAACACGGUUUGGGAGGGCGGCGUCCGAGGGGCAGGCUUAUUGUGGAGCCCCCUCAUCAAACAACCCCAACGAGUGGCCCAACAAUUCAUGCACAUCAGUGAUUGGUUGCCGACUUUGUUAAGUGCAGUCGGGGCUAAUUCAAGUUUAAAAAACAUUGAUGGGCUUGAUCUCUGGGAGUCCUUAUCUCAAGAUAAGAACUCGCCCCGAAGUGAGAUUUUACACAACAUUGACGAUAUUUACGGAAAUGCUGCUUUGACAGUCGGGGCUUGGAAACUUGUCAAAGGAACAACGUACAAUGGGGCUUGGGACGGUUGGUACGGGCCGUCCGGCCGUGAUUACACCUACGACGUGUCGUUAGUUGUAAAUUCUCCAACUGGAGUUGCUUUAAAAUCGAUCAAUAUGUCGUUAGUUCCUGAUGAAAUAACAAAGUUGAGAAAUGCGUCCCGGAUUGAUUGUGCGACGGAUCAGCCGAUACCGUGCAAACCACUCGAAGAAACGUGUUUGUUUAACGUAAUCCAGGAUCCUUGCGAAUUGAGAAACCUUGCCAAAGAGAAUCCGAAAAUCGUGAUGAACUUGGAGGAGACGCUUAAUAAAUAUAAUAAUACAGCUCUUCCACCUGGAAAUUUGCCCCUGGAUCCGAGAGGCAACCCGAAAUAUUGGAACAACACCUGGACGAAUUUCGGGGAUUAUAUCAAGGAAAAGAGUUCAUUGUAUCGAGUGGAAAUUUUGUAAUAAAAAUGUUUGUACAA